CACUUCAAUUGCAUUUGCAUUUUGGAGGAAAUUGUUGUCCUCUUGCCGAAUAUUUUAAUUUUAUAAUUACCAGAAGAUUAUUACUAUUAGUAGCCCUAAUAAAUAUCAUUUUUUUACACACAAUGGCCUCUACAUCAAAAGGAGAUCUACCCGCAUCGUCGGAUGUUCAGGAAAACCCGACUAAUGAAUUGGAACCAGGUGCAUGUCCAGAAAGUGUUAUAAAUCCUACAGAUUCAUUCGAGGAGUUUGCGUCUGAAAUGAGUACUUCAUUAUUAGAGAGGAAAUCAUCCCUCACACCUCACAGUAGCACUAUCAGUGAAAUACAAAGUGAAAUUGGCCAGAAUGAUAAAGAACCGAUUAAAACUGUGAAAUCUAGUGAUGAUCUACAAACAGAUGAUUCAGUGUCUGCUUCAGCCAGUACUUCAAACAUAUGUGAACAGAAUGGUGAUGAAGAUGAUGAUGAUGAUGUGCUGGACUACUUGCAGUCUCCAGAGCUGGUCAAUAAGGAGAAACAUGUCUUCAUACUCAGUUCUGCCGGGAAGCCCAUUUAUUCCAGAUAUGGCAGUGAGGACAAGUUAGCUGGUAUGUGUGGGGUCAUCCAAGCAUUAGUUAGUGUGGUAGAAGACCAAAACCAGGAUAUACUGAGAUCCAUCAUGACUAAUGAUUGCAAGGCGGUGUUCCUAGUCAAGGGACCACUCAUACUGGUUGCUGUGUCCAAGUCUAAUGAGAAUGAGACACAGCUAGUGCUACAGUUAAACUACGCAUUCAACCAAAUAGUCUCAGUACUGACACUGACACAACUGAACCGCAUAUUUGAACAGCGAAGAAACUACGACUUGCGCAGACUGCUGUCCGGAGCUGAGCGACUUAUAGACCACUUACUUAUAUUCAUGGAGAAAGACCCAGCAUUUCUACUUGGUGCAGUAAGAUGCUUACCACUACCAGUGAGCGCUAGAGAGAACAUUACAAAUGCUAUAAUCUCUGCCUGCAGCAAAAUAAGAGAUCUGGUCUUCGCUAUACUGAUUGCGGGUAAUCAGUUGAUAACUUUGGUCAGAAUGAAGAAGUAUACUCUGCAUCCGUCAGAUAUACAUUUGCUGUUUAAUCUUGUGAGAAGUUCUGAGAGUUUUAAAACGGCUGAAAGUUGGACGCCAAUUUGCUUGCCGAAGUUUGAUUCGACGGGAUUCCUUCACGGCCACGUAUCCUACUUGGCCGACGACUGCCAGGCGUGUCUGCUUCUACUCACAGUGCAACGAGACGCCUUCUUCCCGCUGUCACAGGCGAAACACACUAUCACAGAGAAAUUAAGACGGUCCAACUGUUUGACCUCAAUCAACGAUGCGCUGAAUAGGAACGAAGAUUUGCCGACUUCGAAUCCACUGAAAUACAUAGGUAUUCCAGAAAUCCGACAUUUCAUGUACAAGUGUAGGUUUACAGCGCAACUGUUUACAUCAGAUCCUCUUAGUCUGGAGAGAUUACAGGACUACAGAAUAAGGCAUAAGGAGGGCGGGGAUAUUUCCACGAAAAAACCUGAAAAAAUGUCCGAUAUUGACUAUGUGAAGAAGUAUAGGAAGUUUUGUAAUCAAAUUCAUGCCAAGUUGAUCUUUAGAUCGAAUGCCGAGGAUACUAUUUUGGUUUGGGUGACCAACGGCUUUGAACUCUACGUAACAUUCGAUCCUCUCAUGGAGAAGGACCACGCUAUAAAAGCUGUCGACCGACUCCUCAGAUGGAUCAAGAAAGAGGAGCAGAGAAUAUUCAUAAUGAACGCUCCAACGUUCUAACCCUCAAAGUUUGCCGCUCUGAGUGGUAUGAUCAAAAACUCUAUGCAUAGGAACUCCAGUGCUGACGAGUAAAUCUGUGAUCUAUUUUUAUUAAAUAGAGAUAUAAUAUAAUUAAAAUAAUGUUACCUAAUUAGAUCUUGAGUAUUUCUGAAGGCCUAGCACGGGGCUUAAGACACGCACAUCAAGACGUGAUAUGAGUGUUACGUCGCGUUCACUUACAUCGCGCAGCCUCGGGAGCGAGCGCGAUGGAGAACUUUUGUCACAGCUUGACGCGCAUUCUUGCGCCUCGUGCUAGGCUAUCUGAAUGAUUAAUAUUAUUUGGCAAGAUGUUGAUGAUGAUUUUUGCUUUUAUUGGCUGUAUGAGGAAGGUUUCGGACAGAUUGUACUGUAGGUGUAUUAUCGGGCUGUUUUGUCCAUGCUGAAAUCGGUAACAAAAUUAAAAAAAAAAUACUGAAAGAAUUUUCAUAGUAACGUAAUUUUUUUAUAGGUAGAUAAAUUGGAAGGUCAACCUAUUUUAGUGUGGAUAAAACGGAUGAGACACACUGUUUAAAUGGCCAAUGUUAAUGUAGUAUUUUCGAAUGGCUAUAACUAGCAUUUGAUGUAAGUAAAAGUAUCGCAUUUAUAAUAUUUCAAAAGUUAUAUUAUUAUAUAAAGUAUAAAAUAAUUUCAUGUAUCUGCAUCAUCUGAUCUUAUUAAUGUUUAGGAAAUUAUAUAACUAUUAUCCUGUUGUAUUAAAUUUUAUGUUUGUUAAAAAUAUGCAGAUAUGUUUACUAUAAUAACUAUUCUCUAAUGCUGAAUAGCUUAUCCUUGUCUUGGCCUAUGCCUAAUACAAUAUAAUAUUAUUAUGUAUAGUGAUAAAAUUAUUAGCCAAUGGCCAAAUUUAAUACCCAGAUAGGUAGAUGAAUCAUGUAAGUAUUAUUUGUUAUUAAAUAUUAAAAUGGUACCUUUAUCCAAUUCAUGAGAUUCCAAGUAUUUUUGUAAAUAUUAUUUUACAAAUGUAAAUAAAUGUACCUACAUAUAUAUUAUAAUUAUCCUGUGUAAUUGAUAUUUGAACAAAACGAAUUAUUUUAUGUAUGUACUUAGGUGAAAGAGAAUGUAAUUAUUUAUACUAUGUAAUGUAC